AUCGUUCUGCUCUAGGUUGUCAUUCUACCUCCGGAAGCGAGUGAUAACGGGUUCGUUUUUUCGCAGCUCCGUCGUGCGGUUUUCCUGGAUAGAAGUGCGGGCUAAGCUGUGCGCGUCAGGUGACUCCUUGGAUGUGCUAACGAAAUCCGAUAUCCGUUAUCGGAUCAUUCGCAUUUGAAUAUCAAUCUGGGUGAUGUAUUUUCGUUACCGUUAACUGCAUGUGUAGUUGAAUUCAAAAGGAAAACUGUGAGGUGUUAGCCGUAGUGCAUAUGCGCACACAGGAAGUGCGAUUGGAAGUGGAAACUUAUGUGGAUUUACUUGACCGUUCCAGAGCCAAUAUUUUAUAAAAAAUAAUCUGAAAAAUACUGAAUAUCAGCUGGUGAAAGUGGGAAUACCGAACAUUGGUUUAUACAGACGUUAACUUUCAGACGAGCAAGUCUUGCGUGAACUCUUUUGUACACAAAUGUACAGGGUUUAACUCAGGAUAUAGAUUUUAAGCCUCGUGGGCAACAUCAAAUAUUGAAAGCGGUUGGUGACUUUAGUUAUCGUUACUCAGAUUCCAGUGGCAGUGCAUGAUAGAACAGCAAGCAACGGGCGCUUACUUAUCCUAAGAUUAUCAGUACUUUUGUCUGUUCGCAGGAUCGUUCUCAAACGAUACUGUCGCUCAGUAACCCUGGAAGAAAUCAUAUGCAUGCUGGCUGCGGAGGAUACUUCACUGAGAACGUUCCGGCGGGCGAUCGGAUUCGGGCAAAAUGUCAAGAACGAUAUUGUUCCGUUGCUCAUCCACGCUAAGGAUCCGAAGGUCAUUGAAACGACCAUUCGGUUGCUGGUGAAAUUGACCGUUCCCGCGGAGUGCUUGGUACCGAUGGAUGUGAUCUCGAAGUCGGAAAUUGGGAGGCACACCAUUUUUGAGUUGAAUUCUCUGUUGAUUACCAGCAAACAGGCGUUCACAGAAUGGAGUGCUACGAAGGCGAUUUUGGACCAUAUGAGAUUCAUACUCAAGCAGAACACGAAGCUGUCCGUUGAAGAUUGCGAGAGCAUCAACAGCUGUCUACUGUUGCUGAGGAAUAUUCUGCAUGUAAUGGAGGGAACCGCAGCUCCUGGGACGCAUUCAUAUCCAACCGCUAAUCAGGGCACAUCCUUCCAGAACCAAAUUAUAUGGAACAUGUUCACCGAGAGAAUCGAUAAGCUGCUGAUUCAUUUGAUGACCUGUCCUCAGCGUGCGUUUUGGACCGUUACGAUGGCACAGUUGGUUGCGUUAAUGUACAAAGAUCAGCACAUUAGUACCUUGCAGAAGCUGCUGGAUUUGUGUUUCGAAUCAACGCUUUCGGAUAGCUCAGAGGACAAUGAAAGCAAUACUUCGCCACCGAUGCAAUGCAGCGGAUAUUCGAGUCCCUUACUGAUUUCGGAUUCUUGUUCUGAUUUCUCUGACAAAGAUAAUGGCAAAUCCAAAAAAGAGUCAGGAGAGGCCGAACAGCCAAAGAAGAGUGAGGAAAACGAUUUCAUUCUGACGAGGGCGAUCAAAACUUAUCAACUGUAUCAACAAUCCAUGGAGGAAGAUGUACAAAUUCCUCCCACGCAAGAUCCCAACUCUACACAAACAAAUAAAUCAAGCAAUGAAAAAUCGUCCACUCAAGAACAGUCAGAAUUAAGUCGUCCGUCUGCACAAGGUGAUACAGCGGAAGUCCAAAGCUCACCCGGCAAAGGUGCCCCAAUCCAGAAGCAGACCUCACUUUCCGAGAACUCCGACUGCGGCUACGGAACCCAGGCCGAGAAGGAAUCUAUCUCGACAUCCAGCAACGAGGAUGACGGGCCUAAUGUGAAACCAGUGCAUCAGAAGCCACCCCCGAAUCAGAAGCAACGGUUCAACGUUGCCAACAAACAGCGCAAGGCUAUGACAUUCCAGGAGAAGAAGGAGCUCCGACGCAAGAAGCUGAUCAAGCGAAGCAAGAGCAACAUCAUCAAUAUGAAGGGUAUGAAGCAUCAUGACCCUACCGAUGUGGAUAUUUCUAACAUUUUGAAGGAAUUCACAGUUGAUUUCCUGCUCAAAGGGUAUGGGUGCCUCGUACGGGAGCUGCACGCACAAUUGUUGUCUGAUUUGCAAUUACGAAUUGAUACCUCCCAUUUCUUCUGGUUGGUAACUUACUUUAUGAAGUUCGCUUCUCAGCUGGAACUCGAUAUGGAACACAUCAACGGGGUUCUGUCGUUCGACAUUAUCAGCUAUUUGACGUACGAGGGAGUGAUACUGUGCGAGCAGUUACAGCAAUUGGAUGUGGCCUCUCAGACUAACCCGCAUCAUUGCCUGAGGCGGCUACAUUUGGUCAUAACGGCAAUCCGUGAACUCCUGCAGGCGAUUGACACUUACACGAAAAGCACACACCUCACGAAGGAGGAUGAGCAAAGUUUGCGGCUGCUCCAGUUCCAAAUCAGCAGCAUCGAUCAUCUGAAGUGCUUGUUUGUGUUGCUACUGCGCUGCUACAAUCCUGCGCUGCAAAGCAAGCAAUACCUGCAGGAUUUGAUUGUGACCAACCACAUGUUGCUGCUGCUGUUGGACUCUGUGAGAGAACAUACGGGUGCCAGUUCCGAGGAUUUGUUGGCGCACAUUGAGCAAUUUGCUUCAGCAGAAGUCAUGCACCACUAUGGACUGUUGCUGGAAGAUUUCCGCAAUAAUGGAGCAUUUGUGAACGAUUGCAUUUUCACCAUGAUGCACCAUGUGGGGGGCGAUCUUGGCAAAAUCGAUGUACUGUUCCAGCCUAUCAUCUUGAAGGCAUUUUCUCAGAUUUGUGAUACCGAGUAUGGAAUAUGUGAGGAUUGGUCCGAUUUACUUGAAUUCGUGAUCCACAAGUUCAUCAGCACUCGUAACUCGGGUUCAUUGGCGAUGACUACUGGGUUGCCAAAAAUAAGCACACAAAUAUGUUCAAGAAAUCGGCUGAGCACGUGGACCCAAGAGGAGAAAACAUCUCUACAGUGGUACUACGUCCAGUGUCAACAUAGCAAGUGUUUGAUUGCGGAUAUAUCGAACCUUUUCCAAGAGAACGGCAAUCAGCAGAAGCUCCGUGUGCCCAUCAUCGAGCAGCUGUGGGAGCAGGACAUAAUCAGCUUCGAGCAGUACGAUCAGUUAAUGAAGGUGGAGAAUCCGGACUACGAGCGGAAUGUACAGACACCGGCAUUUUCGGUGGCAUCCGAAAAGUCUGACAAUAGCAGUCGAUCCUCCAGGGCGAUCGAUGACAUUCAGGUGCGUUUCGCUGGUUCUCUUUGUUUAAUGGAAGAAACCCAACGUGAUGUUCUGCAGGUCUUGCGUGACAGAUUGUUGAAGGAGAAUAAGGGUAAAAUGAUCGUGUGGUUGCAGAAAAGUUUGUUGGACUGCUACCUCGUCAAGUUAAAACUGUGCAGUGACAAUUUCCGUGACAAUUCCAACAUCAACGCUCUGAUCGAUGCCGGUGUUCUGGAACCGGUUUCCUACCAUUGUAUAAUAAAAAAGAAAUGCAUUCCCGUUAUCCCGUGGAACCAAGAACAGUUUGCCAUACUGUCGUAUCAACCGUUUGUUUUGUUAUUACAUAAACUCGGCUUCCACAUGCCAACGGAUGCAAAGAGGAUGUUCAUCCGGAUACCCGAAUUUUGGACAGCGGAUAUCUUGUACGAUACUGCGCUAAAACUUGGACCACUGGCAAAAUCUAUGACCAAGUAUGAACGGAUAUUACGCAACAAGGAACUCUUCGAGGAAAAACGGACGCAAUUCGAGCCGCGGCAAACAUCAGAGAAUGACCUCGAUGAUUCCAACAGAAUGGAUGAAUCCACACAUACUAACAGGUUUAGGGUGAUUAUUACUAUUGCCCAAUGUAGCCCAGUAUUUCAGUUCAUAUUUUUCUAUAAGAAUGAGAAUUCCCAGUUUACGCAGAUAGUUGAACCAUCAAUAACUGCUAAUGUUUUACCGCAGAUGUGCAACAGAUGUCACUCUCAGUUGGGGACCCAUGAAUAGCAUGGCAAUCCCACGACAGACGAGUUCAUACACGUUUCGCCGAUAGAAGGGAGUUCUCCAGAUUCGAUUUCUUCAUCGCUUGCCUUUGAUUCGUGGUUCUUCAAUUUGGAUGACAAUUGAUAAUUCGCUUUCCACUUUUCAGCUCAAUCUCGGCGAACCCAUUCACGGACUGCACCAGAAGAGAAUCUACCAGUUGAUUGGGGUUUUUUUGUCAGUUUAAAAUUGAUUAUUUUAUCAAAAUUCAAAUCGGGGAUGAUAUUAGGGGAAAUAUAAAUAGCAAGACGGGUCUAUGGUACUAGGUGAGGCCGUUUCGUCACUAAGUUGGUUAGGGGAGCGGUAUAUGAAAACAGUACGGAAGAAAGCAGAAGGGGAAUUAUUUCCUUGAAGCGUGAAAGAGACAGACUUAUCAGGAGCGAUCUUCGGCACUAGCGUAUUGUGUUUUGUUUACAAACAAAACACAGUAGACUUCCAAGAUGGCUGAAGAGUGGUUUUAGCCAAGGCGCCUAGAAGUAUAUCCUAAGGUGGGCCAACUUGCUAAAACGACUCUUCAGCCAUCUUGGAAGUCUACUGUGUUUUGUUUGUAAACAAUACACAAUACGCUAAUGGCGAAGCUCGCUCGUGAUCAGUCUGUCUCUUUCACGCUACAAGCAUAUAAUUCCCUUCUGCUUUCUUCCGUACUGUUUUCAUAUACCGCUCCCCUAACCAACUUAGUGACGAAACGGCCUCACCUAGUACCAUAGACCCGUCUUGGUUUUAGCAAGUUGGCCCAGCUUAGGAUAUACUUCUACGCGCCUUGAUAAAUAGUACGUUUCAUGUGUUACUGUGACAGGCAGGGUUGUCAACUAUUAUUUUAAAAAAUCAGGGAGAAUGGAAAUAAAAAUCAGGAUGCUCAUAUUGUGUUGCCCGGAUAUUUCGAGCCGAUUUUUGGCAUCACCAAAACGCGAAAUUAUGCGUCCCUCAAAUUUCGUUCGCAAUAUGGCCAUGUUCGUUCGUGUUGUGUGGCACGUGGCGCCGUCCUGCUGAAACCACUGUCAUCCGAAUCCUUAUCUUCAAUUUGUGGCAAAAAAAAUCGGUUGACAAGCGGCCAUAGCGCUCACCAUUCACAGUUACCGUCUCGCCGUCCUCAUUUUCAAAGAAAUACGGCCCGAUGACUCCACCAGACCAUAAUGCGCACCAAACAGUGAUUUUUUGCGGAUGCAAUGGCCUCUCAACAAUCACGUGUAGAUUUUCUGAGCCCCAUAUACGGAAAUUUUGGGUGUUCACAUAGCCACCGAGCUCGAAAUGUGCCUCAUCGCUGAAGAAAAUUUGAUGCGAAAAUUCAGCAUUUUGCUGCUGUUGUUCGUUCACCCAGUCCAGUUUGUUCGAAUUAACGCACUACAUUAACGAUUGUGUGCUCUGUAGGCCGUCCAUGACGACCAAAAUCCGUCCGUAGUGCUCGAAAAACAUUUGCCGGUUUUUCAUCAUUUUUAUAGUAUAAUUUAACAAAAUUAACACGUUGUGCGAUGCUAAAACGAUCCAUAUUGAAAAAUGGCAGGCAUUCAACUAACGAUAUCACGCUUUGGUUGACAGCUAUGUCAAACGGUUGUCAGCGCAGGGCUGUAUACUUUUGGAAGCCCGAAAUGGAAAACCCUGUAUAUUCUGAAUGAUAUUUUGGUUGAAAUGCAAGAAGAUCAUUAGAUAAAUAGUUAAGUUAGGGUCAGGACUAUGUCUAUUGAAACAACAUCGAAUAAAAAUUUUCAUUCAAAUUUCAACAACUUAAAAUUGCUUCCAGGUCAGGUCAGGUGAUUGUUCGAUAUUGUUACCACAAACAUGGUUCAUGACCGUGUGGUAAUCUAAAACUUUUGAAGCUUCGCAUGGCAGAUGGAAAAUGUACAAUGCAUUUUCUUAAAGAUUUCACCAACGACACGACCGCAACCUUAGGUAGAUGUCCAAUAUAUCAACGACUAAAAACUGAUAGAGACAGACAAUCAUUCAUAAAAAUUAACAACGCAGACAUUGACAUGGAAAAUCGUUCGGCAGUGCCAUAUUCGCUUCAGCUGAGCAAAACAUUCAAUGCUCAUAUUAAUGUUCUGUGGUUUGAUGAAGAGCUACAAAUACAUUUGCAACAACGAAAUUUAUAUUGAUAUUCUUCAUUUAAUUUGUCUACUUUACGACAACAAUAUAUUCCUUUUUUCACUUCAAAUCCGUUAAUGAAAUACAUCGGGAAUGGAAUACAAAGAAUGGUUUGUGUUUUUUUUUUCAAUCGUCAUCGACUUGGCGCUCUAUUCCUCGAUAUGUCAAACACAAGAGUAACGAAUGUUUCACGUAUAUGUAGAUCGUUAAAACGUUUAAACACACUUACAAUACAUUAGUUAUUUUUCAUUUAACAACCAACAUAUUCACUAGAAAUAAUUUUUCUGGCAAAACAACGUUUGCCGGGUCAGCUAGUAGAUUUAUAAAAUUAAGUUACUGGUAUUUUAGGAAUUUUUCAUACACCACACCUUAAAUCAGAUAGUUAGAUUUCGAGUCACAAGUUUGAGAAUAAAAUAGUGGAUACGUUCUUACAAAAAAAAAUCGCAAUUAAAAAUAGUCAUAUGAUACUGACAAUUGUUAUUUUAGGUUUAAGAUUUGAAACAAUCGAAGAGGUUGGGUAAAUUCGGUUGUUUAUUAUUUAUUAUUAUUUUAUUUAUUAUUAUUUAUUAUUUGCAAUAUGAGUUUUUGAUCCUUAAGUUAUAAUUUUAUACACCGAGGGCCAUUCAAAAAUAUUAUGUAAUUGUUUCAAACUGACGGUAACUGUAAGCAUCCAAUAUAGAUGAUGCGCGUGUUUCCAAUGAAACUUAAUUCAGAAUCUUUCCCAUUCUCUAACCAUUUUGAAUAAUUAACAUAAUCAUCUAACACUCCAAUCAAUUCGCUUCUAGCGAACGCAUCACGAAUUUGCCAGGGCCAUCGAAAGUAGCCCAUCCGAGUAAAAGCCCUAGCGGAAGAUCACCGGUGCUCCAUUCCCUCGUCACGAUGGAGGCCUCGCAUGAUGAGCUGACCGAUGGACUGCAGCUGCAGCAGUC